GCUCGGGGCCUCUGAGGGCUCCGCAGCCGCGACGCGCGAGCCAUGGCGCUGGGGCUGCAGCGCGCAAGGUCGAGCACGGAGCUGCGCAAGGAAAAGUCCCGGGACGCGGCCCGCAGCCGGCGCAGCCAGGAGACCGAGGUGCUGUACCAGCUGGCGCACACGCUGCCCUUCGCGCGCGGCGUCAGCGCCCACCUGGACAAAGCCUCCAUCAUGCGCCUCACCAUCAGCUACCUGCGCAUGCACCGCCUCUGCGCCGCAGGGGAGUGGAACCAGGUGGGAGCAGGGGGAGAACCACUGGAUGCCUGCUACCUGAAGGCUCUGGAGGGCUUCGUCAUGGUGCUCACCGCCGAGGGAGACAUGGCUUACCUGUCGGAGAAUGUCAGCAAGCACCUGGGCCUCAGUCAGCUAGAGCUCAUCGGACACAGCAUCUUUGAUUUCAUCCACCCCUGUGACCAAGAGGAGCUCCAAGAUGCCCUGACCCCCCGGCAGAGCCUGUCCAAGAAGAAACCAGAAGCCCCCACUGAGCGAUGCUUCUCCUUACGCAUGAAAAGUACCCUCACCAGCCGCGGGCGCACCCUCAACCUCAAGGCGGCCACCUGGAAGGUGCUGCAUUGCUCUGGACAUAUGAGAGUCUACAAGCCCCCUGCACAGACUUCCCCAGCAGGGAGUCCCAACUUGGAGCCGCCCCUGCAAUGCCUGGUGCUCAUCUGUGAAGCCAUCCCACACCCGGGCAGCCUGGAGCCCCCGCUGGGCCGGGGGGCUUUCCUCAGCCGCCACAGCCUGGACAUGAAGUUCACCUACUGUGACGAGAGGAUCGCAGAGGUCGCAGGCUACAGUCCCGAUGACCUGAUUGGCUGUUCCGCCUAUGAGUACAUUCACGCUCUGGACUCGGAUGCCGUCAGCAAGAGCAUCCACACUUUGCUGAGCAAGGGCCAGGCAGUCACGGGGCAGUAUCGCUUCCUGGCCCGGAGUGGUGGCUACCUGUGGACCCAGACCCAGGCCACAGUGGUGUCAGGGGGCCGGGGUCCCCAGUCGGAGAGUAUCGUCUGUGUCCACUUCCUGAUUAGCCGGGUGGAAGAGACCGGAGUGGUGCUGUCCCUGGAGCAAACAGAGCGGCACUCCCGCAGACCCGUUCAGCGGGGCACCCCCUCUCAGAAGGACGCCCCUAACCCUGGAGACAGCCUUGACGCCCCUGGUCCCCGGAUCCUUGCCUUCCUGCACCCCCCUGCCCUGAGCGAGGCCGCCCUGGCUGCUGACCCCCGCCGUUUCUGUAGCCCUGACCUCCGCUGUCUCCUGGCGCCCAUCCUGGAUGGGGUUUCCGUAGCUGCCACCCCCAGCACACCACCGGCCACACGGCACCCCCAGAGUCCUCUCCCGGCUGAUCUCCCAGAUGAACUACCUGUGGGCAUGGAGAAUGCACACAGACUCUUUGCCCCCGGGAAGGACCUUGAGGCAGUAAAGACAGAUCUAGCGAUAGCUCAGGACGUCGAUGCCCUGGAUCUGGAGAUGCUGGCCCCCUACAUCUCCAUGGAUGAUGACUUCCAGCUCAACUCCAGCGAGCAGCUACCCAGGGCCUACCACAGACCUCUGGGGGCCGUCCCCCGGCCCCGUGCUCGGAGCUUCCACGGCCUGCCACCCCCCACCCCUGAGCCCUCCCUACUGCCCCGCUGGGGGAGUGACCCCCGGCUGAGCUGCUCCAGCCCUUCCAGAGGGAACCCCUCAGCAUCCUCCACCAUGGCUGGGGCUCGGAAGAGGGCCCUGGCCCAGAGCUCAGAGGGCGAGGACGAGGGAGUGGAACUGCUGGGGGUGAGACCCCCCAAACGGUCCGCCAACCCAGAACCCGAAAGCUUUCUGCUGUUUCCCCUCAGUCUGAGCUUCCUUCUGACGGGAGGACCAGCCCCAGGGAGCCAGCAGGACCCCAGAUCCUCUCUUCUGGACCUAAAUGAGCCCCUGGGCCUGGGCCCCUCACUGCUCUCUCUCUACCCGAAUGAGGAUACUGCCCAAUCCAGGGGCCACUUCCAGCCAGCAACAGGCUUGGCCCAGGCCAACUGAGCCAGCCCACCUGUCUUCUCCCCCAGAAAGGACCUCAACCACACUCCAAGCCAGCAGCCAACGCACAGGACGGGGGCACCGGGAGAGUGCCCCCUGCCCACCUUGGGCCUACCUCACCCCUCACCCCUCUGCCUGCUCCCAGUCUGGGGGAUCUUUGGGGUGGCCUCAGCUCAGUGACCUCUGGGGGCAGUCCCUGGCCCCCCCCUUCUCUCAGGACUUCCCUUGGGGUUCUCAAUACUUGGUUACCUCAUUA